UGUUGGUCUAUAGCGAAUAAAAUUGAGUUAAUUUGCUUUUAAGGAUUUAUAAUUGACACAAUAUGCCCAAAUGCGACCUAAAAACUAGAUACAUUCCAGCGACAUUCGCCUGGACUUUACUAUUGGGCACGACAUCUCUGUUUUUUUAUUUUCCGUGUCAAUACUACCUCCACAAGCACCCAUGGGUUCUUGCAUAUCAAAUCGUGAUAACGUUUUUUGUUUUGGCCAAUUUUACACUGGCCACUUUCAUGGACCCGGGCGUUAUACCAAAAGCUCCACCUGACGAGGACCGUGAGGAUGACUUCCGGGCGCCUCUGUAUCGCAGCGUGGAAAUAAACGGCAUCACGGUGCGGAUGAAGUGGUGCGUCACAUGCAAGUUCUACAGGCCGCCCCGCUGUAGUCACUGUUCUGUGUGUAACCAUUGCAUAGAGACAUUCGACCACCACUGUCCGUGGGUGAACAACUGCAUAGGGCGUCGGAACUACAGAUUCUUCUUUUUCUUCCUCAUUUCUCUAUCAAUGCACAUGCUGAGCAUAUUCGGGCUCAGUCUCUACUACAUAAUGAAUAAUAACAAGACUUUGACACAAGUGACGCCCAUUGUCUCAAUGGUAAUAAUGGGUAUAAUCGCACUACUAGCGAUACCAAUAUUUGGGCUUACCGGCUUCCAUAUGGUCCUCGUAUCGAGGGGGCGGACCACCAACGAGCAGGUCACCGGCAAGUUCACAGGCGGCUACAACCCUUUCUCGAAGGGUUGCUGGCACAACUGUUGUUAUACUCAGUUCGGACCGCAGUAUCCUAGCUUGGUGCGGCCGGCUAAGUACAUCUACAAAAGCAGCAAGAAGCGGCGCGAAGCGUUGCCGCCCGGGGCGCUGUCCGCGUCCGCCAUCUCUACGAUCGCGACCGACACGCAGCACCAGGUAAAGACGUACACGGCGGACAACGGCAACGCGCUGCGGCCCGCAGGCCCGCACGCCCACUACAACAAGCUGUCGCCGGGGCGCGAGGAGCACGAGGGCGAGAUGGAAGGCCCCGGGGCUUCGCAGAGCGCGGACUGCGAGCCCACGCCGCCGCCCGUGCAGCGCCGCGGCUCGUCCGCCAACCUGUUCCCGCCCGCAGAGCCGCACCACCACAUGCCGCCGCGCCCGCACCACUACCCGCGGCUCAGUCCGCUCUCCAGAAAUACGAGUCACGGAGGAACGACGACUUCGGGCUACCGGGUCGUAAUCGAGCCGUUACGAUACGACCCCGGCGCCAACGUUGGCGCUCGGCCUUCACCAACGAUGCAGCAGCGGAUAAAGGCGCUAGGAGUGCCCACGCCGCUCGCCGUCAGCAGCCCCGUGAGAAGGUCCAACCCGGGCACGCCCACGCAGCCGCGCCGCCCCGACUUCAUCGGCGUCGGCGGCCGCGCCUCCCCCCAGCGCAGGUUCCUCUCCGAGGGGGAGCUGCUGCGCGAGCCGCCCGCGCACCGCGCCACCGCCGACGACAUCCGCGAGCUGGCCGCCUCGCCCCAGCGCGGGAACUACCUGUGGGCCGAGCGCGCGCACCCGCACCUGCACCCGCCGCGGGGCGGCGUGCCCGUGUUCCCGCCCGCGCCCCCCGCGCCGCCCGCCGCCGCGCCCUCGCCGCUGGCCCGGCGCCGCGCGCCGCCGCACCCCCCGCACCCCCCGCACGUCCCCCAGGGGGCGCCGCGGCCCGCGCGGCCGCUGUCGUUCGUGCGCGCGCUGGAGGUGCAGGACCAGCUGGAGGCCCGCGCGGCCCCCGCGGAGCCCCCCGACCGCGCCUCCGUCUACGACUGCAACUACGAGAUCUCGGUCUGAGCCCGCGGCGCUGACGGCAUCGAGUCUAACCUACCCGCUAGUAACUGAGCAUUCUAUUAUGUGUUCACCGUUCUUGUUACCUCGACGCGUGACGUCGCCCGCGUUCCUCUCUGCGAGUUUUGACUCCCUAUUUUCACGAUAGGCCAGUUAAGCGCGUCGGUCGCGAUAGAUACUGAACGAUCGAAUCGCACGCUUCGCACGCGCGCGGUGACUGCAGUUCUCCGAUUUGUUCAUAUCGACUGACGUUUUCGACGACGACCGGAUCGCGCACGAUUCCAAAGAGACUUUGUUAUGUUUAAUGUAUAAAUGACGCACAAUAAUUAUUGGGAAGGCGAGGAUCGUACCGUGUACAUUAUGAAAAUAUUGAGUAUUUAUGUAAUUAUGUGCGAGACAAGCAUUUUAUAUCAUGCCAUAAUGUGUGUGCAGCGAGUGUGCGCGCGUAAGGUCCGAGUGUUGGAGUUUGACACUCGGGUGUUGCUCGUAAGUUGUAAUUAGAGUUUUAUAUGUAUGUAUAUUUGUGAACAAUUUUUAUCGUUGAUUAUAUAUAACUGUGAAUUGUUUGAAAGUGUACAUAGUCCCCCAGUGUUGUGAUUCCGAGAUGACAUAAUAUA